GUGGAAAGGAAAGGAAAGAAAGAAAGAAAGGCCAGCAAGAUGUUGCCUUCCCUCCAGGAGUCCGUAGACGGAGACGACAGAGAGCUGGAGAGCAGCGAGGAAGGGAGCGGCUUGCCGGAGGAUCGGAAAUCAGAGCGCAGCAGCAACAGCUAUUAUUGUCUGUACGGCUACCAAGGCUGCAGGUUGCACCAGGGUGUAGACAGCGAUGAUGGGAGCCCAAGCAGCACAACAUCUGAAACUCCGUCUUCUGCUGAUUUCAGCCUCUCUUUGGUGGACACUAACUUACCGGCCGAAGCAGAGAUGGAACUGCGUAGCUUCGUUGCCAAACACCUUGCCAAAGGAGCCUUUUUUGAAGGGAUGGGCAAUGUUGCAUCUGUGGAGUUGAGUAUUCCAGAAAGCCAAGUUGGUUGUUACUACUGCCUCUUCCAGCCAGAAAAAUGUACAGAAAUGGCAAACGCAGAAUUGAGCAGCUGUCCUCUAGACUACGUGAUCUGUUUUUUGGGAGGCUCAGAGAAGGGACUUGAACUAUUCAGACUUGAGCUUGACAGAUAUGUUCAGGACCUGAAAAUUAACCUGGAUUUAGAGCAAGAUAAUCUGGAAAUUUGUGUCAAGCCUCUCUUGGCGACUUGGUUUGAGGAUUCAAUCUGUCCUAUUCAGAGAGUGGUUAAACUUUUCCAGGAGAACCUUUCCUUUGUGUUACAUGCCGCUUUGAGUUGCACUCCAGUUGAAGUUAAAGCGCCCGAUGAAAGGACAAAGAAGGAUAUUAACAGGUUCCUUAGAGCUGCAAGCCUUCAAGAUCUUGUCCGGGAAGCCACAAUGACUUCCUUGUGUAUGGCAAUGACCGAGGAACGACGCACGCCGGUGGUGAUUGACUGCAGUGGGCCACAGCCUCAGUUCCACAAUGCAGGCAGCGACAAAUUCUGUGAAUACUGGAUGCAAGCAUUUCUCAACGGCUCUGAAGGGGGAAAUCCAUUUCUCUUCCGACAAAUACUGGAGAACUUUAAAUUGAAGGCCAUACAAGACAUCAACAACCUGAAGCGCUUCAUCAGGCAGGCAGAAAUGAACCAUUACGCCUUGUUCAAGUGCUACUUGUUUCUGAAGAACUGCGGCAGCGGAGACGUCCUCCUGAAGAUUGUGAAAGUGGAACACGGCGAGAUGCCGGAAGCCAAAAAUGUAAUAAAUGUCCUCGAGGAGUUCAUGAGAGAGCCGGUUUGUAACAUAAAUCCUUCUCUUGAACUUGGGGCUACUGCUUACGCAUUGCAGAAUUAGUGUGUCUUCUGGGAGAGAAGGAAAUGGUGCUUUUCAAAGAAAAGCUGCACUGGGUUCCAGUUCCUCGCAACAUUUGAUCCAAGUGUCCAGGAAAAGGCACACUUCUCUCAGAUUUAAAGUGUAAACUGUGAGCAUAGACCAACAAACCAAGCUUGUAAUGAGCCUUAAAGUGGCCAGAAAGUGGAGAAAUAUUCUGAAUCCUCAUUUGUGAAAUAGAAUUCACCGUUUCAUUUGUACUUAAAAACUUUGGGCGAUUAGAGGACUCUUGCAUUUCCUCUCUUUUGUGGAAAAAGAGUUCUCUUUCAUUAACUUAUUGUGUGAAAGCUAAUUACUUUCUUUUCUUACUUUGGGAAUAGGAGGUUAUAUCGCUUGAAGUCUUCCGCAACUGGACCAAAACCGCAUUUUCAUGUCAGUGAUGGUGUUAGGGUUACCUAUUAAGAAAACAGUUAAUUAAAGCAACCCCAGCGGAUCAUGAUUCAAUAUUCUGAUCAGGUUUAAGAAUAUAAAUUGAUGGAAGAUUGAUCACAUAUAACACUUAAAAAAAUUAUAAUAUUAUACUAUCAUUGAAUUUAUUAGCUGUCCUUUACCCGCAGGUCCCAGGGUGUGUUACAAAAAUUAAACGGUCAGAACAGAUUACAGUGAAACAACCCAAAAAAUUUCUGCUUCGUACUUUGCUUGUGCAUCGCGACUUGAUCCGGAAUAUCUUUGUGUAGAGUUUCUGAAUGGCAUUUGCCUUGAGGUUGUGACUGCAAGACUGUAAAAGCCAAGUACCUGGAAAUCUGUGCAGACAACCAGAUAUUUUUUUAUUAAAUGAAAUCGGCUCUUGCCACCUGCUUUCUCGCAAUCCCCUGGAGUUUUAAAAAAAGUAAAAUAACCUGGGGUUGUGAAAUGAGGGAGCCCUUUAAAAGGUAACCUGUUUGUGGAGGCCGGGACCACUGCUUUUUCAAGCUCUGGGGUGUUUUGAGAUGCAGUUUGAGGAUGCUCUUAGAGCAGCAGCUGAGAUAAAAUUCCCCAUGCCCGUAGGCCUAUUUAUUUAUUUAUUUAGAAGCUGGAAUCCUUGUCACCAGACAUUUCGCCCGGGAAGGUGGGGUGUAUGUAUGUGGGGAUUAAUCCAGUCCCCGCCCCAGAACCUCAUUCAUCCUCCUGAAGAGCUAGUCGGUGGGAAUAUAGCUUCUUGAAAUGCACUACACACACACACACAGCUCUGUUGUACGUAUUUGUGCACCAUCUGUGGGGUGUGUGUGUGUGCUUGUAUGCAGAAGAAACACUCAGUUUUGGCCAUAUCUAUCUAGAAACUGCCUCCAUUCUGGAUUUGUCUAUAUUUCGUUUAAUGGAGAAAUGUAUCGUGAGAGGUUCAAGCAUUUUUCGAUUUUCUUUUAAACAGGGCCACUUCUAGUUUUCACCUACUCAGGGGGCACAGUCCUUCAAAAAACACUUCCCCACCCCCCAAAGGCCCCGAUUCAAAAAGUUAAAUUUAAGUGCCGUAAUGGGCUCUGUGUAUAAUAUACACAGAAAAUCGGCAGUUUGCUGUGACCAAUCGCUUGUAAAGGCGAGGAGAUCUCUUAGGGGAUACACGUGCAAAAACUAACCCAGCUUGGAGCAGCACAGUUAACAGUCUAGGGGGUGUGAGUUUUCCUAUCCUGUGACUUGCUCUUAGGCAAUCCUAGCGAGAGAUCUGCAUGUGGCUACCUAAGUUUAUGCAUGGACGGCCUCUGCUAGAGCUUGGUCUGAAAGAACCAGGCUAAAGCAAUAUCCGAAUCCAGAGUUCAAAACAAACGACACACCCGUCAAAAUAGCUGUUAAUUAUAGUUGCAUUUGUAAAAUGUGGACAAGCGCCCCCAUACACACACCAAAAAAAAACCCCAAACUUUUACAUGUCGCUUUUAUUUAUUUAUUUUUGGCAUGUUUAUGUUGACCACCAUGUUAAUAAGAAGAAAAGAAGCUGAACAGUAAACCUCAAAUAGAACCCGUGCACAAAUAACUCUCAGAACAAAACUAUAAAGUAUGUACACCAUAGAAAAAUAUUUUGACGUUACAGCAUGCUACUUUGCAAGUACUGUGUGUGCUCUAAUAGCCCUUGAUGGGAAAAAGCAUAUUCUGUUCAGCAUUAUUAUUAUUUUAAGGCAGAAUUACUUCAUUUGGUGCUAUGAUGGUUAACUAUGGAGGGAGGUACUAAUAGUGUAAGCAAAAGAAAAGAAAGCUUAAUCGAUCUAGCUUUAUUCUGUAAACGUAACAGACGCUGUGGGGAGGCAGGACGUGCUUGGUGACUAAUAGAGCUAUUAAAUUUGGUGAAAAACAACAUUUUUACUGCAUAAAUUCAGCCCGUGAAAUUCUGUGUGCCUUGUAAAGCGCUCUGUGUUACUAAUUUGUAGUCUGGUUUGGGAUUCUGGGAAGAACUUUUUCCAAUUAGAAAUCAGUGAUUAAUGAUGGUAUUAAAAUGCAUUUCCCUUCAAGCGAGUUUGCUUUUGUUUCACUUUAGUUACCGUACUGAAUAGCUGAAUAUAAUGGGUGAAAUUCAAUAUUACAAUAUUACAAAUGUCAGCUGGGUUUCCCUGACCCCUCCCCCACUCCCUAUUUUCACAGGGGGGGGAGCCCUCUUGUGGAAGUGAAAGCCAUAGCACAGGGCUUCUGCUGAUGGGUUUGUUAGGUGAAUCCCACCCCUGAAUCUUUGCGAUAAAUAGGUUCUUCAAUUUGCACUAUGCAGAUGAAAAGAGGCUUGCAGCAAGAAGUGCUCAGAUGCUUCUUACAAUUGCUGGGUUUGGAAGUUAGCUUUGCAUGUGAGCAACCCUCGGAGACAUUGCAACAAUCUGCCCCACUCGUAAACUCGAACCUGCAAUAGAAAGUGACCUAGGAUGUUAGGAAUGUGUGCAUCCACUAUCACACAAAUGAUGUUUCACUUGAAAGGCUUUUGGGAAGAUGGGAACUGAAGAUUGGGCAGUGGGCUCAAUAUGAGCUGCUUAGAGAGUUUAUGUGCAGGACUAGAAAAGUUAGUACUGUAAAAUCCUUCCCUCUUCCAGGCUUGUAAAGUCGUUUUGGAGUCAAAGAACACCACCCACACAUUAAUGCAGGGUCACAGAGACCUGGUACAAAGAUAAUAGGCCUCUUUCCAAAACUGGUAGUUAUGGUGAGAUGGCAAAUGUGUGUGGCUGAAUUUGUGUGGUUAUAUAUAGAGGCUGAGUUAGAAACCCAAAUUUUCAUUCUAUCCUGAAACCAGAUGAAAUACGAGCAGCACGUAAUCCCAAGAGUCUUAAUAUGCAUGAGGUUUUGUGGGUUUUUUUGUAACUCUGGUGUAGACUUAUUUCCAGUACAGUCACACCUCGGUUCUUAAACAGCUCCGUUUUCGAACGUUUCGGCUCCCGAAAGCCAAAAACCCGGAAGUAAAUGCUCUGGUUUUUGAACUUUUUUCGGAACUCGAAAAUCCGAUGCAGCUUCUGCUUGAGUGUAAGAAGCUCUUGCAACCAAUUGGGAACUUCGCCUCGGUUGUCGUACGUUUCAGAAGUUGAAUAGUCUUCCGGAAUGGAAUACGUUCGACAACCAAGGUUUGACUGUACUCGAUUCCAUUUUGACUGCCUCUAAAAUGUGAUGCUGCUUUGUAAGUCGAUUAAGUGGGGAAAGGUUUGCCUGUUUGUAAAUAAAUUCAGUAUUGGUUAGACACAAUUCUACUUAGCGGGAAAGACCAGGUCACAGUUUGAUGGCACUUGAUAAAAAUUUUAAAACAGGUUUUUUCUGUUUUGGUCAACAUUUGCAAAGUUCAGCUGGCUAGAAUUGGAUGGGGACACAUUUCUGCAUCUGAACCAAAAGACUCAUUCAGCUAGUUGAGUUGGAGGCCCAGGUGGGUAUCACAAUUUGGGUAGGGCUGCUUCUGCAACCUUGCCAGUUGGGGCAUAUAU